AUGCAAGAUACAAAUGAGGUAGCAAGAGAGACUGGGACACGCCCAUUAUCCGGGCGAAUUCACCUCCUUGGAAUUGGAAAUGUAGGGUCGUUUGUUGCCCACUCAUUAGCGGGUCGCCAAUCUCCGCCGCCGAUGACCUUACUCCUACAUCAUUCGAACGUCUAUCGAUCAUGGAUCUCGAAGAAAGAGUGUAUAGCGAUAAACGUGAACGGGUUGGACGACGUCAAGUCUGGUUUCGAUGUUAAUGUCAAGAGCAGCGACAGUGAUACGUGGUAUUCAUUACCCUGGGAUAAGGAGGGUACAUCGGAGGAGAGAGACAGGAUUCUUAGCGAGAAGCUCAAGGACGGCAAUAUCGAAAAGUCACUAGCACAGUCGGAGGUAGAUGAUAGCACAAUCGAGUGUGCGAUUGUUACUGUCAAGGCAAACCAAACGGUCAGAGCCGUGUCAUCCAUCAGGCAUCGUUUAACCCGGGAUUCCACCAUUCUCCUACUGCAAAACGGAAUGGGAACGAUCGAUGAGCUCAAUGAGAAGGUGUUCCCGGAUCCAUCGAAUCGUCCGCAUUACAUGACGGGCAUCUUCUCCCACGGCUUGUACCAAAUGUCACCAUUCCAGGUGGUCCAUACUGGCAUUGGCACUACUGUUCUCAGCCCUGCACCGUCACGGGAAGUUGCUGCUACUGCGGGCGACAAUGCCGCAGACUGGGCACCCACGACGAAAUACCUACUACGUACCUUGACCCUCACACCACCACUGGUCGCCUUCGCAGAAACACCGUCAUCCAUUGUCCAGUACCAGCUGGAGAAGCUAGCCAUGAACGCGGUGAUUAACCCACUGACAUCUCUCAUGGAAUGCAAGAACGGCGAAAUCCUUUACAAUUACAAAUUCACCCGAGUCAUGCGGCUACUUCUCAUCGAGAUAUCUAGCGUGAUUCUAGCCCUCCCGGAAGUGCAAGGCAUUCCAGGUAUCGAGGCCCGUUUUGACCCGGAACGUCUGCGGUGGAUGGCAGUGCAGCUUGCAAGCAAGACACGUCACAACAUGAGCUCCAUGCUUCAAGAUAUGCUAAGUGGGAAAGCGACGGAAAUUGAGUAUAUCAAUGGUUAUAUCGUGCGUCGGGGAGAGGAGCUUGGGAUCAAAUGCGUAGUGAACUUUAUGAUUAAAGAGAUGGUGCAAGCUAGGGUAGCGUUGCUGCACCAGCGAGAAUCGGGGGCCGUUCCGAUGGAUCUUUCGGGAUUUGAGGAUGAACAAUGA